AUGCCAUAUCGACCCGAAGCUGAGUUGAAACGACCCGAUUUGAAAGGUGAAUUCACUUGCGGUGUUUGCUUCAAACGAUUUUGUCAUGCCGCUUCACUCAAUCGACAUCGACUCAAUUUCCAUUCAGGAAAUCAUAAUUGUCGCUUGUGUAAUUCAGAUAUUCCCAAUGGAGAAAACUUGAAGUCACACAUGGCACUUCGGCAUGGUAUUGAGAGGGUUUUCACGUGUGGAUGCUGCAAUUGGGCAUUUCCUGAUAAGAAAGAACUCCACCAGCACACGUCGGCUAUGAUGAAAACUGGAGACCCGGGAAUCGCACAACCGAUUGCCACUAAUCUCAAUGUGGCUCCAGGAUCAAUGGUCGCAGAAAAGUCACCCGGUUUAUUCCCCCGUUCGGCGCCGUCGCCACCGAGCUCAUCCGCGCCAAACACUCCACACAGACAGAUCUCAUCCACUCCAUCGAUUCCACUCAUUCCCCCACCAAUCUUUCCUGUGUCAGUCAUGACAACCGAUUUGCAUCAACAACUUUUACAAAUGUUAGCCGCUCAAUUAGAAUCCUCGCAAGGACCAGCACCCGCUUGGUUGCGCGGCUUUCUUCUAAACAAUCCCAUUCUUCCGGGAGUGAUCAAAAAUGUGUACACAAAUAAUAACGAUGGCGCUAACAGUGAGGCCACAGAUACAUCGCAUAGCGAAGACGAGCAAUCAACAUCGACAGCAGUCGAGAGACGUCACGAGAAGAAAAGCGAGAUCUUGCCAAGUGGCUCGAGUCCUCUUCACUCACAGACGGCCACUCCAGAGUGUACUGGCUCACCAUUGUCUGUAGAAGUUCCAUCGCCACAUUCUCCGAUUUCCACAUCGGGUCAAUCGACUUCCACCGAUGCCGAUACACCCGCAUCGAUGGUCAUCGUUAGUCCUGGAGGAACUAUUCGUAAACGAAAGCGAACCAUCGACGAUGUAGUCUCUUUUUUGACGAAGAAAAAAGUUGUGGUCCCAAUU